CUGCGGGCUCCAACGGUGCGAGGGCGCGCGACCAGUAGUUGUGCGGCGCAGCCAUGUCGGGUCCGGCGCGCGCGCGCCUCUUUGCGAUCCAUCUCGUGCCGGCCGCCCUGCUGCUGUUUCAAUGGAUCCUCUCACCAGUUUCUGCUGUCGUGUGUAACCAGACAUUAUGCAACUGCGAUGGAAUAAAGGGGGACUAUGGCAGCAUAGGUUCUCCAGGAAUACCUGGCCCUCGGGGUGAAUACGGUGAGGAUGGACCUGAAGGACGCAUGGGAAUUUCUGGCGGCCCGGGUGACAGCGGCGAAUGGGGAGAUCCCGGAGAUAAAGGAGAACGGGGAAUAGAAGGUCCAUAUGGAAGAAGAGGAAAUGAAGGACCACAGGGUCCUGCAGGAUACGUAGGAGUGCGAGGAUUCGCAGGACUAGAUGGAUGUAGCGGUAUAGACGGUGCUAUGGGACCAACCGGACCCCAAGGUAUACCCGGUGAUAGAGGACAGCCGGGUCCAUAUGGGGAGAAAGGAUCACAAGGUUUAGCUGGUGAUGGUGGAGUAAACUCCAGAGGUGCAAAAGGAGAACAAGGGGAAACUGCGCGCCCCGGAUCUCUUGGACCUAGAGGACCCAUGGGAUGGAGAGGCGAUAGUGGAAUGCCUGGGGAUGAAGGUGAUCAGGGUCCUAUGGGAUACAAAGGUGAUCCUGGGUACAGAGGAGAUCCUGGUGACGAUGUUCUUGGACCACAAGGUGAAAAGGGAAAUCCCGGAGAAGUGGGAGAACCUGGACGGCCAGCUAGAGUGAUCUACAUCGAUCAAGUUCAACAAAACGUUACUAUAUUAGCGAAAGGAAAUAAAGGUGACAAAGGAUACCGGGGUCCUCAAGGCGUUAAAGGUAUUAAAGGACAACGAGGUUCCGAAGGCGCACACGGAUCUUACGGAGUUAAUGGACCGCAAGGUUAUAAAGGAGAUCAAGGAGUCGAUGGACCUAGAGGAAAACCUGGACAUCGUGGUAGUUUGGGCCCUCCUGGAUUAAAAGGAGAUAAAGGAUGGCUUGGAUAUGAAGGGCCCGACGGUGAAGAUGGCUUACCUGGGCCGAAAGGGGAAGAUGCAAUGCCUGGAAGACCGGGCGAGCAGGGACCAAUGGGCGAACCAGGAAUAUAUGAUGAAAGAUUAAACGAACCACUGUUACCAGGUUCGAUAGGGCCCCAGGGACCAAUCGGUUUUAUGGGACCUAAAGGCGCCGCUGGUUCAGAUGGCUCUCCUGGGUUACCCGGAUUAGUGGGCCCACAGGGCAUACCUGGCGUUAGAGGUAUUCCUGGCAGACCAGGACCAAUAGGAGCCUCGCCUAAAGGGGAACCGGGAAACGAUGGUUACAAGGGAUUACCAGGUCGUCGGGGUCCAAUGGGUUCCACUGGAUUUCCGGGACCUAUGGGUCCCAAAGGAUUCAAAGGAUCAACAGUCGUAGGACCUAUAGGGGAAGAUGGUGAACCGGGCAUGGAUGGCAUACCGGGUAUAAGAGGGGACCGAGGCGAACCUGGUUAUAUGGGUCAACCUGGUUAUCCUGGGCAUGGAGUACAUGGUGUUGGUCCACCUGGAGAAGACGGUCCACCGGGUCGCCCUGGUCAAGUCGGUGAUCCUGGUAGAUCCGGACGCCCAGGAUUUCUCGGACUUAAGGGAGACAAAGGCGAUGACUGUUUCUGUCCAUCAGGUGCGCCGGGUACCAAAGGACACAGAGGCGAUGAUGGGUUUCCAGGUUUAAAAGGAUACCCGGGUCUUGAAGGUUACUCUGGUUUACAAGGCCAAAAAGGAGACGCUGGUUUGCCUGGACUUCCAGGACCAGAUGGUCCCAAGGGUAACAAGGGUCUAGCAGGAAUGGCGGGCCCCCAGGGUCCAAAAGGUAGACAAGGUGAAUUAAUACAACCGCCAUUCUCAUUAACUAAAGCGGAACAAGGGCCACGUGGACCACCAGGUUUUAUGGGUGAUCCUGGACUGCCUGGGGAUAGAGGAUGGCCCGGACUCCCUGGUGGUUACGGCAUAGAUGGUAUGAAAGGUCUCCAAGGCGAAGACGGUGCUGCUGGUUACCCAGGCCGCAACGGGUCACAUGGGCGAAAUGGAUCACCCGGUUGGCCCGGUGCUCCAGCUGAUAUACCGGUCGCUUUUCUGUAUGGACAGAAAGGAGAAAAGGGAAUCAAAGGACAAUUAGGUGAGCCUGGUGACGAUGGACUUAAAGGCGAAGCUGGUGAAGCAUUGGGUUUCGGAGUUAACAUAAAAGGUGUCAAGGGUGACAGGGGACCACGUGGGCCACAAGGUUGGUAUGGCAGGAAAGGUGAACCCGGAGUAAGGGGUUAUGAUGGUCUUCCGGGUAUUCGAGGAGAUGAGGGUAAUGAGGGGAUAACGCAGCAAGGUAUUAUGGGUGCCAAAGGUUUCCCCGGUGACAAAGGUCUUAUUGGCCCUUAUGGGGAACCCGGUAGUCAAGGACCACAAGGAGCUGUCGGACUUCCUGCAGCAAAAGGGCAAAAAGGCUCACGCGGUGAAUUCGGCUUAGCUACUAUAGUCGGCGAAAAGGGAGCAAAUGGAUCUCGUGGAGAUUUGGGUGGCAUGGGCGAGCAAGGAUACUACGGAGCACCAGGAAGAACUGGAUAUUUGGGGCCUAAAGGAGAAACAGGAAUUUCUGGGGAUGAGGGCCCACAGGGACCUUUCGGAGAGAUGGGACGGAAAGGUAUUUCCGGUAAUAUAAUACCAGGACCUCCAGGGGUACCGGGUCAACCGGGGAGACCAGGUUUUCCAGGAAUAAUUGGGGAACCAGGGUCACAAGGCAAUAAUGGAUUAUCAGGCGUACAGGGGCCAAAAGGACUGAAAGGAGAUGCAGGUCGCGCUGGAAAUCGAGGUUGGGUGGGAGAGCGUGGUAAUCCGGGUAGAAUUGGCUUUCCAGGCAGAAUGGGUAGACCGGGAACUAAUGGCGAAAUUGGAGAACGUGGUGAUUUUGGUUUACCAGGGCUUAGAGGUUUGCCUGGAAAAAUGGGUCCUCAGGGACUAGCCGGACAAAAAGGUAUGCGUGGUUUCAAUGGAAAUCCAGGUGAAAUUGGUUUAGAUGGAUUUCCUGGUUUUCUAGGAAUCGUAGGUGAUGUGGGUUUCAUAGGUUAUUCAGGUAUACGUGGCGAAAACGGAACCAGUGGUAUUUUCGGAGAUAGAGGUGAACAAGGCUUUAAUGGAAUGGAUGGCAUGCCGGGCCUACCUGGAUCAAAAGGAAUAAAGGGUGACGAAGGUAGUGUUGGUAUAAGUUAUAAAGGUGCCAGCGGCAGAAAAGGUGAGCAAGGUGUUUAUGGAAGACCAGGCUAUAGGGGAUUACCAGGUGAUAAAGGAAUGGCUGGUUCAUACGGUGACAUAGGCUUACCGGGUGAAAGAGGUGACAAAGGAUAUCGCGGAUUACCUGGUUUUCCUGGAAGAAUGGGUAAAGACGGUCCGAAGGGAAUAAUGGGACCAACAGGCAUACCAGGAAUACGCGGAAAGAAAGGGGAUCUUGGAUAUGAAGGUCAACCUGGAAAAAUAGGACGUCCUGGUUUCCCUGGUGACAUCGGAUUUCGUGGUAUAACUGGCUCUAGAGGUCAAACUGGUAAUAAAGGGGAAAUGGGUGACAUUGGUGAGACAACAUUUUUACCAGCAACGAAGGGCGAAAUGGGUGAUAUAGGAAUGGAAGGAUUUGCAGGCCUUAAGGGUUAUAAAGGAGAUGCUGGAGAUAUGGGACAAUACGGCAUUAAGGGAGAUAGAGGAGAUAUCGGCAUUAAAGGGGAGUCAGGAAUGUGGGGGCAGCCGGGUCUUCCAGGAAUACAAGGUGAUGUCGGUCCUCCAGGCCGACCUGGACUCGACGGUAUUAACCCUGAACGCGGUGAAAAGGGAAAAGCUGCAACAGACGGUCUACCAGGUUGGCCAGGGCCUAUGGGACAAAAGGGUAAGCCAGGUGAAUAUGGUGUUGAUGGCCCUCAGGGAUUCCGCGGUAAGCCUGGGCUUACGUUUCAAGGUCAGAAAGGCACAAAGGGUGACGAUGGUCCACCAGGAAGGCGUGGUAUACCUGGAAUACCCGGUCCUAGGGGAAUAGAAGGAGUUCCGGGAUUUCCAGGACGAAAGGGUGAAGUCGGAGAACUUGGUUUUGCUAUAAGUCCAAAAGGCCAAUCUGGUGAUCGCGGAAAUCCGGGCUAUAAUGGUUUAAAGGGCAUAGCAGGAGACACGGGAGACUCUGGAUCCAAUGGAUACAGAGGUUAUACUGGUGAAAUGGGAAUUAAAGGUGUACGGGGGGAUGAGGGGCCAACAGGUUCACAAGGCAAUUUGGGACUUAAAGGUAGUAAAGGUGAUAGAGGGGAUACGAUUUCUGCAGAAAUAGCGCGAGGUUCAAGGGGUGAUUCAGGCUAUGCUGGGUUUGAAGGGCAGCCAGGACGCCCUGGAUCACCUGGAAACUUUGGACAAAAUGGUAUUCCUGGAUCCAAAGGUGAAAAGGGUAACCCUGGUCCUUACGGGCUUCCUGGGAAUCCAGGCGAAAUAGGAGAAGUGGGAUUCCCGGGCUCGAGAGGUAUGAUAGGUUUAGAAGGAAACCGCGGUUUACCUGGCCCUCCUGGAUUACCUGCACCGCUACCGCCAUUACCCAAAUCGAGAGGAUUUACCUUCGCAGUACAUUCACAAAAGAGAACCAUUCCACAGUGUCCACCUGGAACAACGACUCUUUGGGAAGGAUACUCGUUACUACAUAUUGUUGCUAGUACUAAGGCUCAUGGACAAGAUUUAGGUGCCCCUGGAAGUUGCCUACAAAAAUUCUCAACAAUGCCUUUUAUGUUUUGUGACUUGAACCAACGAUGUAACUUUGCUCAAAGAGAAGACUACAGUUUUUGGCUUUCUACUCCAGAACCUAUGCCAAUGGCAAUGACACCCAUCGAAGCAAGAAAUGUACAAUCCUAUAUAUCCAGAUGCCAAGUAUGCGAGUCAUCAACAAGGUCCAUCGCAAUUCAUAGCCAAAGUAGCAUAACACCAAGUUGUCCACCUGACUGGGACGAGCUAUGGGUGGGAUACAGUUUCUUAAUGCAAACGGCUGGUAUGGAUGCAGCCGGCCAAAGUUUAAUAUCGCCGGGCUCGUGCCUACGCGAGUUUAGAUCACGGCCCGUCAUAGAAUGCAACGGACUCGGGCGGUGCAACUACUUUGCUACGGUGUUGUCAUACUGGCUUUCCGCAUUGGACCCCAGUGAGAUGUUCCAAAAACCCCGACAACAAACAUUGAAGGGCGAUAAAAUAUCGAAAAUCGGCAGAUGUGCGGUUUGUAUGAGGCGGCAACCAGGCCGGUCAAGCACCGUUCGCAGCGGCACGGCCUCAGUGGAGGCAGUCCCGAACGCAGUGCGCCGUCCCGGAGGGUACCGGCCGUACCGCUUACGUCCAGGACCAUACGGCCAAACGCGGUACGUGCGGGGCAGGCGUCGUCAUUGAAAAAUCAAUCACUAAACUACAGUAUCAACCAGGAACUCAUUACAACUUUAUGUACCUCCCAAUCCUAUAAGUUUAAGCAACUUAGUCAAAUGUAGAUAUUAUUUAAUAUUUUUAUCGUGACAAUACCUGUAGAUCUUUUUCCAUUUUCUACAUCCAAUCUAUCCGUAAUCUAUAAGGUUUAUAACAACUUUGCUUAGCAACUUAUUUACAGAUUAUACAGAUAGAUUGAAUGUAGAAAAUGGUCGUUAAUAAAAAAGUAAGAUAGGUAUACUUUACUUUUUUUCUAAGAUUCACAGGCAUUAUCAUGUUAACACUGCCAUACUCGAUAUAAAUGUUGAUUGGCCGAAGUGCCAUAUUAAAUAUAUUUUUAAAUAGUUUCAUUUUUCAGUAAAUAUAAAGUACUUACAUUGGGAUUCGCAAAUACACCGAAUAAAAAAACAAUUAUUAGUAAGUAGCAUUAUACCAGUAAUACAAUGUUAUUUUAAUAUGUUUUAUUCGUAGAACGAAUUAUUACCUAUACUAAAUAAUAAUAAGAAUUUAAAUACUUAAUCUUUAGAACAAUAACACAAUUUGCGAUCCGUCACACACCAGUUUUACCCACAAACAAUUUUAGACGAAACGAUAUCGAGCAUUUGAUGAGGAGACAACAAUAUAAAUUAUUGUCAAUUUUCGAAAUAUUUUUGAACUUUAUUUCUAUCGUAAUGCAGUGAGUGCACGGGUAAAUAGUACCUACUUUUCGUGUACCUCACAGUGAGUAAAACCAGUGGAUGGACGGCUUUUUUUCUAUACAACAUUAUGUAACGAAGGUAGGCAUUCGCAUAUUUAAUACCUACGAAGUCUGUAAAUAAAUACAUUUAAAUAGAUCAUAGAUAUUCUAGUGUAAAAAUAAACUAAUUAAUAUGAUCUCGUUUUAUUAUUAAUUUUAUAUCAAAUCCACAUCCUAUUCAGUGGCGUCUUUGUUGUGCAGAGCCUUGGAUUAAUUUA